AUGCGCGCGCCUCCUACGUCCGGCGCCGAGACGUUCCUGACCCUGCCGGCCGCGAGCCCCAGCAUUCCUUGUGCUUCUUUCCCGGACCAGCCCGUCUGCAACCCGACAUCCCGCUGCAGCUGCCCUGACACCCUCGGCCUGGCCACACCAGCCGCCCGCAGCGCGCAGCUGUCGACCAGCGUGUCGGCCGCAGAUCCGCCGCCGCAAGCUCACGAGACCCACGAACGUUACGAACCCUACACGACCUCCCUCCAGCAACGCCAGCAGCAGGCCCACCAGUACUACCGCCAACACGAGCCCCUCUCGCGCCCUUCCAGCUCGUCCGGAAGCAUCCCCCACACCCUCCGUCGCACUCCAGAGCUACAGGACCUCAAUCGCCAAGCCUCCGCCUCCGCGCCCAGAGACACCGCCCAGGAACAUUGGGAGUCCGCCCGCGAGGCCGCCAACUCGCGCAGGAACUCUGCCACUGAGGACGACCCCGGCGCUCCUCACCCGGCGCUCCGCAUCUCGCGGCGCACCCAGGCCGCCAUCCUGUACGCUCUCGAAGAGGCUCUCCGCGGUCCCAACGAAUUCUCCCCCGACCUUGCCGAAGAAACCGCCCAGAUGUCUGACCUUCUCGGCGGCAACGGCCGCGCAACCAACGGCGGCGCGCGCUCUGCCGCCGGCCCGGUGCCCGUCCAGCAAGCGCCGGCGCCUAUGCGCACCCCGCAGCAGAUUAUGAGGGCCCGCCACGAACGCGAGACGGCACGCAAGCAGGCUGAGGCUGAGGCAGCGAAAGAACGAGAGGAGCAGGUACAACGGGCGCAACAGGAGGAACAGCGUAGGAAAAACGCCGAGAGGAGAGCUGCCGCUGCUGGCGUUGCUGGCCAGACCCAGGAUUAUGGAAGAACCGAGCCUGCACUCGGCAGGUCCUCUGCCGAGGCUGCGUUCCCCAACUACACUACCGCCGCUCCUCGCCCUGGUGAACGACCCCAGGGUGGUGCUGGAGGUCCGGUCAUGUCACCAGGACGUGGUCAGCCACAAGACCCCGCUGCAGCUGCACGCUCUCGAGGCCCGGCACUGUCACAAGGACAACCACGCGCCGCGCCCCAACAAACCGCACCAGCUUCGGCACCAGCUCGCCCCGCGCCGUCGUCUUCUGCGCAUGCGAGGCAAAAUUCCGCGUCUGCCUCGCAGGCCCGCCCAGGUGCAUCCGCGGGCCCGUCUAGCACCCAGACGCGGGUAGCCGGAGAUGGCCAGGCACGUGAUCCGACCGUCUCUACCUUCCCGCACGCGUUCGAGCGCUGGGAGCAGCUGUCUUCUCACUGGGAGGGUCUCACGUCUUACUGGAUCCGCCGGCUCGAACAGAACCAAGAAGAGCUUGCCGGCCAGUCGCUCACGCAGCAAAUGUCGCGUCAGAUCACCGAUCUUUCCGCGGCGGGCGCCAACCUUUUCCACGCCGUUGUUGAGCUGCAGCGCCUGCGUGCUUCUUCCGAGCGCAAAUUCCAGCGUUGGUUUUAUGAGACUAGGAGUGAGCAGGAGCGCCAGCAGGAGGGACUUGGUGAGCUACGGAAGGCUAUUGAGGUGGAACGCGCGGCGCGUGAAGAGGCGCUUGAGCAGUUGCGCGGUGAGAAGCAAAACAGCAUGAAGGCCAACAAGAUGGUUCAGGAGAUGCAGCGUGAACUCAGCAUCUCCAAAGAUGAAGCCAGAAGGGCGUGGGAAGAGUUGGGCCGUCGCGAACAGGAGGAGCGCGAGCGUGUAGUUUCUCUGCGCGAAGGCCAGCCAACCCUUGUCGGCGGCGUUCAGGUCGUACCCAUGCUCCCUGGAAUGAGUCGGCACGGAAGCAUCUCGCAGAAUGUAGCGCCAGGCGCUGGCCACGGCCUCCAGCAGCCUGCCAACAUCGAAGGCGGCUACAGCUACGAAGACCCGCAGUCACCCACAGACACCGAUCCGUUCACCGAGCCUUCUCGGUUGCAUCACGAGCCUGACGUACCAUCGCUAGCCCAAGGAACUUACCAGCCAGCGCACCCAAGCGUUUCGCAGGGCUCCGGUAGCACGGCGGCAAGGGCCACGAUGCCGUCCAGCAUCUCGCCGGCCCCACUCCAGCCGCACACGUAUACUCCCGGUAGCACUGCGGCAGCCCUGCCCUCGCCAUCCGCAGCGCCAGCAGGCGACUUCUACCAACACGAUGGAACAUUCCUGCCCGGCGGACGCACACCAACUAGCGGUGUGAUGAGCCCCCCAGGCGGCGAACGGUCUUACGUGCCUUCUUCGGUCGGGGAUACAAGCUCCAUUGGAGGCGAAGACGAUUGGCUUGUCGACCAAGAUGGCAACUACAUCCACGACAGCCACGGACGGCGCAUUCCCGCGCGGUAUCGUGACUCGGGUGCCACUUAUGGCCACGGACGUUCGCGUUCUCAGCAGAGCGGCGAGGGCAGCGAAGAUGACUAUGAUGUUCAUUCGGACAUUGCACGCGAACAGGAGCUGGCGCAGCGUUACGGCAUUCCGUCCACUUCAAUGGGCUCUCCCAGCGGAACCAGCACUUCUGGGCCCCACGAUCCGGGCUACGGCCCGAGUGGGAGUGCUCCAGACUACAGCGGUGCGGGCUAUGGCGAGUGGGCUGGCAUGCGCCAUCAUCACCCCACCCGUCUGAGCGAUGUCCUGGAAGAGGAUGAAAGGAGCCGGACGAGCGCAAGCCGGGCUAGCCAAGCUAGCCGGGGAAUGUAUUAA